AAAAAAAACUCUGAACAAAAGUUCCACGCUGUACGGACAAGUCUUGCUUCUUCACAAGGUUUUCUUCUCCAGGCCUUUCAAAUUCCGAUUUCAAAGCUGAGGACGACGACGACAAGGAAACCGUACAAAGAAGCUGAAGUUCAAGAUGGGCUUUGUGGGUCUAGUUGCAUUUUUACUUCGAUGCUUUGAUGUUCUUGCGUGGCCUCUACUUGCUCUGGUGUAUCCCUUAUGUUGUUCCAUUAGGGCGAUUGAGGCCAAUUCUGUUUCAGAUUCUGUGAAGUUGAAUACUUAUUGGGUUGUCUUCUCAUUGAUUCUGCUAUUAGAACGUGCAUCUAUGAAGCUCCUAAAAUGGCUCCCUCUGUGGCCAUAUAUUAGGCUCAUGAUCGUCUUCUGUUUGGUGAUACCUCAUUUCAAUGGAGCUUUUUAUGUCUAUAAACACCUAAUCUGUCCAUGCCUGUCCAUGGACCUCCAAAUUGUUAUCAACUGGUUCAACAAGCGGAAGAAAUCCUCGUUUAACAGAGACAAUUUUCUUGCCGAGGUGGAGAGAUAUGUAAAGGAGAAUGGAACUGAAGCUCUGGAAAAAAUUGUUGCUUCCAAAUCUGAGAGAACGAAGUCAAAUCCCGAUGAGAAAGAGUUGAAAGCAGUUUCAUCUCUGGAGAAUAAAGAGGUUAGUCAGGCAGAGCCUAAUCUCACUGGGACUGAAAACAGCAGAUUUCCCAGUAUGGAUAUUGAAGAAAAAGCCAUUGGGGUUGCAUCAGAGAGAGGAGUUCUGAACACUCCACCUUCAAAGAACGCUGAGGAGUGGACAAGUGCAUUCAGUCAGGUAACAACCCAAAGUGAUACAACUUUUAACUCCCACCCGGAUGGUAAAAUACACAAGGCUGUAUAUGAGAAACUGAAAAUAGAGAACCAGGCUGAAGCUAAGCUCACUCAGACAGAAAACGGUAAAUUUGCGGUCAUGGAGACUAAAGAAAAAUCUGUUGAGGUUGCAACAGGUAGAGAAGUUCUUGAGUCUUCCCAAAAUGUCCAGAAAGAGUGGACUUGUGCUCUCUGUCAGCUAACAACUCAAAGUGAAGCAACUUUAAACUCCCACCUCCAAGGCAGAAAACACAAGGUGGCAUGUGAGGCACUGAAAGCAAAGAGCUGGCCAUUUGUGCCGAAAAUUCCCCCGGAGUCAAAGGAAUCUCAUCAACCUAAAGAGGAGCCAGGAAAGCGGCCAACGAUCAGUGCAUCAAAACAAAAAGUUAUUAUAGAUGAAAAGGCGCAAAGUCAGAAAAAUAGCAUUCCAGCUUCAGGGACAAAGACUUCUUAUAAAUCUAAAGAGGAGCCAGCAGAAGUUGCAUCCAUCAAUGGAAGCCAACAAGGAAACCCGACUGAAGUUCCAAGCAUGAAGGAUUUAACUCUAUCGUGCAAUGUUUGUAAUGUGCACUGCCCCAGUGAGAUUGUCAUGGCAUCGCAUCUGAAUGGCAGAAAACACCAGAAAAAGAUGCAACAACGACAACAGAACCCAAAUUAAGUUCAAAGGAAGAAUGAUUUUUUGUGGAACAUAAAUCGGCACCAUUGAGAAUUGAGUCGCAGUGACACACCAUAACCCACUGAACUCGUUUUACAUGAAUUCAAAGCAAUGAACUAUUGCCAAUUGGGUCAGGCCAAUGGAAUUGACUUGCAGACCAAUGGUCUCAGGUUCCUAUGGCAUCGUGGUAGUGUGUAUUAGAAAUCCCCUUUACCCUCGUAUUUCCGACUAUAGCUUGUAUUCGUGAAGGAAAAAAAACCUAUAAAAUAUUUUAAAAAUCAAAGGACCUCUUUUAUG